ACGUAUGCUGAGAUGGAUCCUACCACAGCAGCUUUGGAGAAGGAACACGAAGCAAUCACCAAAGUGAAAUAUGUGGACAAAAUCCAUAUCGGGAAUUACGAGAUUGACGCUUGGUAUUUCUCACCAUUCCCAGAAGACUACGGGAAGCAGCCCAAGCUGUGGAUCUGCGAAUACUGCCUCAAGUAUAUGAAGUUUGAGAAGACUUACCGCUAUCACCUUGGCCAGUGUCAGUGGCGACAACCACCAGGGAAAGAAAUCUACCGCAAAAACAACAUCUCGGUAUAUGAGGUGGAUGGCAAAGAUCACAAGAUUUAUUGCCAGAAUUUGUGUCUUUUGGCCAAACUAUUCCUGGAUCAUAAGACCCUCUACUUUGACGUGGAGCCCUUUGUCUUCUACAUCCUUACUGAGGUGGACAGGCAAGGAGCCCACAUCGUUGGCUACUUUUCCAAGGAAAAGGAAUCCCCAGAUGGAAAUAACGUCGCUUGUAUUCUAACCUUGCCCCCUUACCAGAGACGGGGCUAUGGGAAAUUCCUCAUCGCAUUCAGCUACGAGCUCUCCAAACUUGAAAGCACCGUGGGAUCCCCCGAGAAGCCCCUUUCGGACCUCGGCAAGCUGAGCUACCGCAGCUAUUGGUCCUGGGUAUUACUAGAGAUCCUUCGGGAUUUCCGAGGCACCCUUUCCAUCAAGGAUCUCAGCCAGAUGACGAGCAUCACGCAGAACGACAUCAUCAGCACCUUGCAGUCCCUGAACAUGGUCAAGUAUUGGAAGGGGCAGCAUGUGAUCUGCGUCACUCCCAAGUUGGUGGAGGAGCAUCUCAAAAGCGCUCAGUAUAAGAAGCCGCCUAUCACAGUGGAUUCUCUCUGCCUGAGAUGGGCACCUCCUAAACACAAGCAAGCCAAGAUUUCCAAGAAGUGAAGGAAAAACUGACUUGAAAAACGGAAAGGGUUUGGCUUCACAUCUGCUUUUUUUAUUUUGGAAGAUGUUCACUAAUUUAACAUUGCUGUCAAUCUUGUACUGAAAAGGCAUACAUGGAUCAGGUGGCUUGGGGUUAUGAGAAACACCUGAAAACAGGUGGGCUCGUUUGAACGAAGACUACUUAUUUUAUCCCUCCCCCUUUUUUUUUCUGUUGCUCGAUAUAGAACUUUCUUUCUUUCUUUCUUUCUAAACUUGGUGUCUUCUCUAAGUCGGAACUGGUAUCCUCAUUCGUAUCAUAAAAGGAGCAGAUAAAUCAUUUUAUUAUUUCUAAUUGACAGUUCUAACUGACUUCGGGAUGUUACUAAUCCCAGAAUCAAAGCAGGUCAUUCAAUAUGGCAGAACUGUGGCAGCACGAGACCUGAGCAGUAAAUAAACGCAGGGAUUGGCUAUUUGAAGAGCACAUAGUCAACAAAAGUUGGGAGGCCGUGAAUUACUAACAGUAAUACUGAAAACUAGAUUAUUGAUUAUCAUAAGAAGGAAGAUUGACGUCUCCAAAAGAGAUCUCCAACUUAAUUGAAAUAUUGAACAAUCAGCCUUGCUCAGCAUUUUGAAGAGAGAAAAAAAAUCUGUGUCUUCUGUAAUUCUUGAGAAAAUGGUCCCUCUUGGUAGAUCUGUUGUCGUUCUCCAUCUCUUCAAAGGGAGGCAAGUAGUUUGUACAUUCUAUCAAAGCUCAUACAUGUUCUUAGUUAUGCUAGAUAAGUAGCUUGAAUCCUUCCACUCUUCCACGGCUGUUAGCCAAGUGGGAAAAGAGGGAGAGAAUGUUUUCAAGUAGUAUCACUUGCUCCACAGUCAACAUUUAAGGUCAAUGCUGACAAAAAUAUAAGAUGUAUUAGAGUUGCAAUGCUUGGUAACCCGUAGCACGAGAGUCAGGAUUUGGGGGUUAAAGACUCAGGAAAGAGGGAAAGUGGAAAUAGGCACAUAUAAAAGUCCUAUGUCCCUUCCGAGGUUGUUCCAUAGUGCAGUGUUGGCUUAUAUGAUGUAACUAAAAGGAAUUUACCAAUUCCUUUUACAGUGCCUCAAAGUAAAUGGCUCUUUCUAGGAACAAAACGUUGAACGAGAGCGGUGGGGGGGGGAACAUGCUUUUAAAUUUAGCUGCCCUUCUAAAAGACAGCCUUUACCCAGAUGAAUGGACGAACUCCGGAUUGGAGAAAACUGACUACAAGGCUAUGGUAGAAUUACUUGAUAUUUUCCCCUUCCGUGGCGUGAACCGCAUUUGGUGGUGAUCAAAUGAGGAGGGACUUUUCCAAAAGAUCAAAAGUCUCUUGAAGCGAUCAAGUGGACCGAAGAGAAAAACUUGUCGCUACUUAACGCCACCGGUUUCCGCUGAGGUCCUUGCCUACGUUCGGUGUUUUGGGGGAGAGUGAUUUGGGGAGGGACCCUGAGGCUUGUGGUGGAUGUCUUGGGUAGAAACAUCUAUUCACAGAGUUGCUGUAGUUUUUAAUGUGUAUACCAUAUAUAUAUAGUGUGUUCUGCUUAAGAAAUAUUUUAAUAAAAAAAAAACAUAACACAAGUACUGUGCCAUUUUAUGACUAAUGUACCAGAAUUACACCUGAUCAUUAAUGGUGGCACAAUGAAAAAACUAAAUGACAAGAAACAACCCUGGGAGAGGAAAACUAGAGGAAAAGAUCCUUCUAAAGAAGAGCAAUCCCAUAGCAGGAAAUGAAGACGGCUUGGUAUCGAUAAGCUUAGGUCACAGAAACUACGUCCUUUUCACAACAGGUAGUUAUCACUUGUUACCCUGCUGUGAAGGGGUUAACUAAUGCAUCUCUUCCUCAUUUCCACAAGGUUUGACUAACAGCAGCAUGCCAAGAUGUUAAAUCCUGUCCUAACAGUCAACCUUAAUGAAGCCUCACUUGCCAAAUAUGACUGGGUUGUUUUUCUUGAUUAGCCUGGGUCUGGUGACAGUUUUGUGUAAGAAUUGCACGUCUAUCAUAAUCCCAAACUCUUGACCAACUCAUGCCAAGUAUUCAUGGUACAGCUCAGGUGAGAAGAUCAAUUGCAUGAGUCAUUACGCUCGGCUGUAGACAAUCCAGAUCCCGGUCGUUUGGCAUCUACUUCCUGCAUGCCUUUUGGAGAAGUCUACCUGUGUAUCUUAAUGCCCAUAAGCAACUGCUUCGCAAUCUGUAAAUUUUCUCUAGUUCCCCCUUGACGUUUCUUGUGAGAUAAAAACCCACAAAGCUUCCCUUUGGUAAUAAAUAAACGCCGUUAUUAGUGUAGAAUUACCAAUUUACUUUAUUAAAACCCUUCGUCUCGAAAGCAGCAACUGAUUUCAAUCCUUCUUUAAAAGAUGAUGUGUACAUUGCUCUUUUUUUUUUUAAAGUGUGUGCAAACAUAAAUUAUCUAAAUACAAUUGCAACCCUCUCCCCCCCCCCCCAGAGGGCAAUUUUGAUCAUCAUUGAUGUUCCCGCAAAAGAGUCCCACUCCCUUUCAUCCGGCGUCCAUGCUGGCAGCAUUUUUGUCCAAGCAUACCUGGAGGGGAAAAAGCAAUCCCCUUCAUCUCCUUCACAUCGGGAGUCGUACUACUCCAUAAAUCUGUCAGGCUGACAAUUGGUAACACAGAAGAGUCGUACUACUCCAUAAAUCUGUCAGGCUGACAAUUGGUAACACAGAACGAAAACCCGCGCCGGGAUGGUUAUCUCUGAACUGAGGUGUCCACACACAAACAAGAACAGCCCAGAAUCUCUGCUCUCAGCCUUCGGCCCAGCUUGGAGGGAAUUCCUAAAUUACACAGCGGAAACAUCCAGAGGCUGCAUUUCCACCCCUGCACAAUUCCGGCUUAAAUCGGGGCAAAACCCGCAAGGCUAGCAGCACGCGCAGAAGUGGGCCUAAUCGCCCAGCCAAAGAUCAAAAGGCAACAGCUUGGUUUCAAAGUCCCAGCACCUCCGCUGAGUCUUUUUUUUUUUUUUAAUUCAGUCUGUGAGCCAGAAGGAGGGGUGGGUAAAUACCAAGUCGGAGAGGGAGCCCAGAAGAGAGAGAGAAAAAUGAGGGUCAAGUAAACCAAACGUGGGUAGAAGUAGCCCUAUAGAAUAUUAUCCCUUUUUCAGAGCUCGGUGGCUGCGCCGUACUUAGCCAACAGUGUUCUUGACCUCUUCCUCAUAAGCCAAGAUCAUAACAGAGCCUAAGAGUAGACCUGCUAACCCUGUGAAAAUCCCCCAUCCUCCCAAGUUACUAAUGGCAUGAUAUACUUGGCAAGACAGGGAUCUUUUUAAGAGGGAGACAUUUUACGUCAGGGGCCCGUUGUGCUGCUCUCUGAACUAUCCAGUUGAGCCAGAUAUCCGAGCACGAUCUCAAUUGAAUCCUAAAGGAAGAAAGGAUUCGGCUGACUGGUUUCUCUUCAAAGGGCUCGCUCAACUUUGGUCCUCUGAACAAUGUCCCAACUAUUGUGGAGGGCCUUGCCUUCACGGCAACAGUCAGGAAGGCUACACAUUCACAUUCUGAGCAGGCAAGGAGGAACUGGGCAAGGAAAGGAACCUGUCUUGAAACCGAUCACGUUUCAAAACGUGUGCCAGGAAUGCAAUUGGAGAAGAGCGCCAGAUACUCAACAGAGAGAGAUGAGUCAUACCGUUCCGGAAUUUGCCUAAAAAAGGAGACUAGGCUCCCACUGACUUACAAAAUUAGGUCCGCAGUAGCAAAAGAGAGGUUUAUUACAGAUGUGUAUCCAGCUAUGAUUUUUAAAAAAGGCCAAGCAAGUCGUGGGCAGUGGGGAAGGGGCAAAAAAAAAAGAGAUACUCCUGGAAAUUAUGAAUUAGAAUCAGGGGUA